UUACCUCGCCGUCCUGUUUCAGCGUCCUGUUUCUGCGGAGACUGCUGUUACAGUUGCUAUGGCAACCAUAAACAUUUUGAGAGAGCAUGCACGGUUGUCAUGGGAACUGUUUGAAGGACGCAUGAAGGAAGCCGGACAGCGCCUUUCCAUGGACAUAUAAUAGUCACCAUUUCUUUUUUCAAAGAUUGAUUUGUAACACCAGUUUUAAUGGAUGUCUAAUCGUUAUUAUCGGAGAUGACAGAUAGAAAGGUGGACAGUGUGCAGGUCUACACAAUGAUAUGUUGAGGAGAGAACAAAACAGAGGUAACAUUUCAAACAAAUGCCAGUUUUACAAUCCACAGUGGCUCCUCUGGAGGGGGGGCCACAUUGCAGUGUGUCACGCUUGCCACCAAUCAAAGCAACAGACGGGUUGAAAGCAGCCAGAGCAGCGGUGAAAAAAGCAGUAAAGUUGAAGAAAGUAUUUUCAGUGCAGGGACCGUAUCCUGUGAUACGUGCUGCCUUGUGGGCCCGAGGGUGGGUGGAGCGCUGCUUGCCCAGUCCAGUCCAGAGAGCACUUCGGUCUCACGGAUAUGAUGAGGAGGAGGAUGGUGGUGGUGAUGGGGAUAGCAGUGCUGAUGCAACUGGAGAGGCAACAGGAUUUGAGGGAGUGGGUGAGGGCAAGAAAGACGAGAACCUUGAUUACAUGUAUGACCUCAUGUCUCGCCUGGUUCGAAAUGAAACUACAUAUUUCUACUGGACAUGUCGAACGGAUCAAAUAGACCGCCUCGCCCUACAGAAUGAUCAAAUGAUCAAUCACUUUGCAAAUGCUGGAACAUUUACAACAAAGGUUGGGCUGUGCAAGAACCUGCGACAACUUCGGUGGUUUGACGCAGCAGAUCCUGAUAACUUCUUCCCAAGAUGCUACAGUCUUGGAGAAGAGGAGGAACAGCAAGCAUUCAUAGAGGACUUCAGGAGGACAGCCUGUACCAGCCUCCUGCAAUAUGUGGUUGAGACAAGUGCUUGGAGAACAGAUGGAGCAGAGGGUGAAAGACAAAAAGACAAGGACAGUGCUGAAGACAAGUUAUAUGGCUAUCAAAAUCAGUUUGUGGGUCCAGAAAUUAUUGACAGAGCUUUACAAGUGAGUCAAGAAUUUCUCAGUAUUUUGAGGCAUUGUGACAUCGAUGUAACGGAAGAAGCAUGCCCUUCUCUGGGGGAAGAACAGUGGGAUGAGUUUUUGCAAGAUUACUACAAGGUUGCUCACAAAGGUGCAGUGAUCCGAGGCAGCGGCGCGUUUGUAGCGCGCUGUCAGGACAUGUUAGCCAGCCUGAAAGAGGUUUGUCCUCAGCUGGACAUAGAUGGACUGAACAACAUCUGGAUUACCAAACCAGGAGCCAAGUCAAGGGGAAGAGGAAUUAAGUGUAUGAAUCGCCUGGACAAGAUUUUGGCUCUCGCGAAGACUGACAGAUUUUUAAUGAAGUGGGUGGUUCAGAAAUACAUGGAACGUCCCCUGCUAGUCCACGGCACAAAGUUUGACAUCCGUCAGUGGUUCCUUGUUACCGACUGGAAUCCUCUGACUGUCUGGUUCUACAAAGACUGCUACCUACGCUUUUCCUCUCAGCCCUACUCAACAAAAACUCUGCACAGAUCAGUCCACCUGUGCAACAACUCCAUCCAGAAGCACUGUCAGCCUUCUUCUAGCCGCCAUCCAGGAUUGCCUGACGAUAAUAUGUGGUCCUGCUCUCAGUUUUGCUCUUUCCUGCAGCGGCAGGGUCGUAAGGAAGAAUGGGCAUCAGUGGUGGUCCCGGGCAUGCAGAAGGCGGUGAUUCAUGCCCUGCAGACAGCUCAGGGCCAAGUCAAGCAGCGUAAGGCAAGCUUUGAACUUUAUGGAGCUGAUUUCAUGUUGGGUAGAGAUCUGAAGCCUUGGCUUCUGGAGAUCAAUUCCAGUCCCACUAUGUCCACCUCCACCGCUGUGACUGCACGGCUCUGCCCUGCUGUGCAGCUGGACACACUGAGGGUUGUGUUAGACCAGAAGACUGGUCCUAAGGCUUACACAGGAGGCUUCCAGCUAAUCUAUAAACAGUCUGCAAUUGAAGUUCCUCACUACAAGGCACUAAACCUGCUGUUGGAAGGACACGCCCUACGUCAACCCAAACCUUUGCAUUGUGAAAAGAUUCCACCUGUUGCUGUCCACACCUCCUAUCAGCAGCGUCCUCCAGAGGAGGUGGAGAAAGGAUAUGACCCAUCAAGCCAGAAGUCACGCACAGUAGCUGCUCGUUGCCACUCAGGCUUAGAGAACCAAGAGAGGAUGAUAGUGAUGCCCACAUCUCCAAAAAGAGAACCUAAUAUAAGAGCAGAGGUAAAAAACGCCCACAAUGUUCGCAGGUUUUCCCACAAUCUUCUUCGCAAACGGUCUUUGAGGGUGCACCAUGAACCUCAGGCAAAAGUGCAUCAGUCUGGUGCCAGUGCUGGUGUUUACAGAAAGACCCUUGUACCAAGGAGUAUUUCCUUCUCCCUCGGCCCUCCUCACAACGAACCAGAGGGUCAAUCUCAGUUCAGUGCUCAUAGCGGGUCACGCAUCUCCGGAUCCUUUCUUCUUCAGACAACUUCUGAACCUCAACACGAGACCUCUACUCAGUUCUUUCCUUCAAUCCAGGGCCCCCUUCCUAACCUGGAUGUCGGUCACCAAGCGUUACUUAUUCCUCCUUUCUCAAAGACAAAGGACAUGCAAAGGAAAGAAAUGUAUGUAUGGAAAGCACCUAAUCAUUUUUAA